AACAAACUUUACCCUCAAAAGAACAAAACUUUUCAUCUUGUGUCCCAAAAACUUCGGUGGAAGGAAGACAACAAAACCAUACGAACGCUCACUGUAAUAUGAGUAAUGCUAUUAACCAAAAUGGUACAGGUCUAGAGCAGCAGUUUGCUGGUCUGGACUUGCAGCAGAAGCAGCAGCAACUUGGCGGCGGCGGAGGCAGCAACCCAGAAUCCGGAAAUCCUAAACAUCCGGCCGGGCGGUACGUUCCACCGCAAUUGCGAGAAUGUGCUGAUAGUGGCGGCGACUUUCAACCCUCUGAAUCCGGUGCCGGCGGUAUUCCUGUAAGUGGCGGCGGCGGAAUCGGAGGUGGAGGCGUUGGUGGCCGACGAGGAUACGGCGGUGAUUCGAACCGUAAUCGUGGUGGUGGCGGCGGUGGUGACUACGGACGCUACGGCGACCGUGACUAUCGCGGAGGAGACUACAAUAGACGGGGUGGCGGCGGCGGCGGUGGCCGUUAUCAAAACGAUCGACGAGGCGGCGAUUAUGGCAACUAUGGUCGCGGGGGUGGCUACAACAAUGGAGGCGGCUUCCAGCGUGGCGGGGACGGAGGCUAUCAGAAUACUGAAGGUUACGGAGGCGAUCGACGGGACAACUGGCCCGCGUACGGUGGCCCUCGUGGUGGUCCGGCUGGUGGACCACCGGCCGGUGGCCGUGAUAGGCCGAUGGAUGGUCCCCCACCACCACAAAACGAUCGCUGGCAAGAGCCGGCAGUGCCGAUGGGACCGCCCGGACCGGGAAGUGUCGGCAGCGGUGGCGGUACAGGACCCGGCGAAGGUGGCGGAGGCAGAUCGUUCUACGAUCGUGGAGCGAAUGGUGGUGGAGGAGGAGGAGGUCGCUGGCCGGGUGGCUCCGAUCGGCGUGACGUUCGCGGAGGUGGUAGCGGCGGCGGCAGCGGCGGCGGAGGAGGAUACGGAGGCGGUGGUGGAUCCGGACGUGGUCAGAUCGACUACACAGUGCUUACCGAGCGGGACGAGCGUUUGGAGGCGGAGCUGUUCAAACACGGCAACACCGGUAUCAAUUUCAGCAAGUACGAAGAUAUUCCCGUGGAGGCGACGGGUGACGACGUGCCGGCGCACAUCAACACCUUCGACGACAUUGAGCUGACGGAGAUUAUCGAUAACAACAUAAAACUGGCACGCUACGAUAAACCAACACCGGUGCAGAAGUACGCUAUACCGAUCAUUCUGUCCGGGCGCGAUCUGAUGGCGUGCGCCCAGACGGGAUCGGGCAAAACGGCCGCCUUUCUUGUGCCGAUUCUGAAUCAGAUGUACAAGCAUGGGGCCGCCCCACCGCCCCCGAACCGGCCGAUGAACCGGCGCAAGCAGUACCCGCUCGGGCUGGUGCUGGCACCGACCCGUGAGCUGGCGACGCAGAUUUUUGAAGAAUCGAAAAAAUUCUGCUAUCGUUCGCGUAUGCGCCCGGCCGUUCUGUACGGUGGUAACAAUACACAGGACCAGAUGCGCGAUCUGGAGCGUGGCUGCCAUCUGAUUGUGGCCACACCCGGCCGUCUCGAGGACAUGAUCGGCCGUGGCAAGGUGGGGUUGGACAACAUCCGGUUUCUGGUGUUGGACGAAGCCGAUCGUAUGCUGGACAUGGGUUUUGAGCCCCAGAUUCGCCGUAUCGUCGAGGAGAGCCGGAUGCCGGUGACGGGCCAACGUCAAACGCUUAUGUUUUCGGCCACCUUCCCGAAAGCGAUCCAGGAGCUGGCGAGCGAUUUUCUGUAUCGCUACAUUUUCCUUGCGGUCGGUCGCGUCGGUUCAACCUCGGUCAACAUUACCCAAACGAUCUUCUGGGUGGAGGAGAACAUCAAACGUUCCCACCUGCUCGAUCUGCUGUCGAACAUUACGAAACAGAACGACGACGAUGACGAAAACUGUCUGACGCUGAUCUUUGUCGAGACGAAGAAGGCGGCCGACUCGCUGGAGGAGUUCCUGUACAAUCACAGCUACCCGGUCACCAGCAUCCACGGCGAUCGCACACAGUCGGAGCGGGAGGAAGCGUUGCGUCUGUUCCGGUGCGGCCGUUGCCCGAUACUGGUCGCGACGGCUGUGGCCGCCCGUGGUUUGGACAUUCCGAACGUGAAGCAGGUGAUCAACUUUGAUCUACCGGCCGAGGUGGAGGAGUAUGUGCAUCGUAUUGGGCGUACCGGCCGUAUGGGUAACCUCGGUACGGCCACCUCGUUCUUCAACGAGAAAAAUCGUAACGUCGCUAAUGGACUGGUACGGUUGCUGGCCGAGACGGGGCAGGAAAUUCCCAGCUUCCUGGAGGAUAUGACCAACAGCCGCGGGUAUGGUGGUAGUCGCCGUGGUCGGCCACAGCGCGGUGGUGGUGGAUCAACCUUCGGAUCACGAGAUUAUCGUCAACAGAACAAUGCACGCACGGGCGGAGGAGGUCCACGCGAUCAUCGCCCGAUGGGUGGUGGUGGUGGUGGUGGUGGUGGCGGCGGCGGUGGUGGUGGAGGCCGUGGCUAUGGAGGUGGAGGUGGCGGUGGCGGUGGAUAUGGUGAACGGGAUGAUGGAUACGGACGCAAUGGCAUUGGCGGUGGAAGCUACGGCGGUAGCUACAGCAACAACGAUGGAGGCAACGGUGUCGAUUGGUGGGGAGGUGACAAUUACUGAGGUCUCGCA